AGAGGGACUCCAGGGGGAGAGAAAGAAAGGGAGAGGGGAUAAAAGGGAAGAGAAGGCCGGGGUGCAGGGCAGCGAGCCCACGAUGCCCGUGGAGCGCAGGCCGCUGCUGGCGCGCGGGCCGCCGGGCCCCCGGCGGUGGAGGUGGCGGCGGGCGGCGGGCGCCGCGGUGCUGCUGGUGGAGAUGCUGGAGCGCGCCGCCUUCUUCGGCGUGGCCGCCAACCUCGUGCUCUACCUGAACGGCGCCAACUUCCACUGGGCCGGGGAGCAGGCGUCGCGGGCCGCGCUCGUCUUCCUGGGCGCCUCCUACCUGCUGGCGCCCCUGGGCGGCUGGCUGGCCGACGUGUACCUGGGCCGCUUCCGCGCCGUGGCGCUCAGCCUGCUGCUCUACCUGGCGGCCUCCAGCCUGCUGCCCGCCACCGCCUUCCCCGACGGCCGCCGCUCCUUCUGCGGCGAGAUGCCCGAGUUGCCGCUGGCGCCCAGCUGCUCCAAGACCCCCUGCCCGCGCGCCUCGCCCAGCCCCUACUGCGCGCCCACCCUCUACGUGGGGCUGCUGCUGCUCGCCCUGGCCGCCAGCUCCGUCAGGACCAACCUCACCUCCUUCGGCGCCGACCAGGUGAUGGUUCUUGGCCGCGAUGCCACCCGCCGCUUCUUCAACUGGUUUUAUUGGAGCAUCAAUGUGGGUGCUGUGCUCUCGCUGCUGGUGGUGGCCUUUAUCCAGCAGAACAUCAACUUCCUGGUGGGCUACAGCAUCCCCGUGGGCUGCCUUGGCCUGGCGUUCUUCGUCUUCCUCUUCGCCACCCCCAUCUUCAUCACCAAGCCCCCCACGGGCAGCCAAGUGUCCUCCAUGCUGAAGCUCACAUUCCGAAACUACUGCCCCCGGCUUUGGUGCCCGUGCUCUGCCAGAGACCCUCAAGACGCCCACCUGUUGCCUGACCAGAGGUCUCCCGGGUCUGGUGCUUCCCCCCAAGAGGAUGUUGCCAACUUCCAGGUGCUGGUGAAGGUCUUGCCCGUCAUGGUGACCCUGGUCCCCUACUGGAUGGUGUACUUCCAGAUGCAGUCUACGUACGUCCUGCAGGGUCUUCACCUCCACAUCCCGAACAUUUUCCCCGCCAGCCCUACCAAUGGCUCCGUGGCUCUCAGCAACCAGGGCAGCAACUACACGAUCCCGGAAGCCUGGCUGCUCCUGGCCAACGUGGUGGUGGUUCUGCUCCUGGUCCCCCUGAAGGAUCACUUGAUUGACCCUUUCCUGGUGCGGCGCAAGCUGCUUCCCUCAGCUCUGCAGAAGAUGGCGCUGGGGAUGUUCUUUGGUUUUACCUCCGUCAUUGUGGCAGGUGUCCUGGAGAUGGAGCGUCUACACUACAUCCACCAAAACAAGACUGUGUCCCAGCAGAUUGGAAGGGACGUGUACUAUGCGGCACCCCUGUCCAUCUCGUGGCAGAUUCCUCAGUACCUGCUCAUCGGGAUCAGUGAGAUUUUUGCCAGUAUCCCAGGCCUGGAGUUCGCCUACUCAGCGGCCCCCCGCUCCAUGCAGGGCGCCAUCGUGGGCAUCUUCUUCUGCCUGUCGGGGGUGGGCUCGCUGUUGGGCUCUAGCCUGGUGGCCCUUCUGUCCCUGCCCGGGGGCUGGAUGCACUGCCCCGAAGACUUCGGGAACAUCAACAAUUGCCGGAUGGACCUCUACUUCUUCCUGCUGGCUGGCAUUCAGGCCGGCGCGGGCCUCCUGUUUGUCUGGAUCGCUGGCCGCUACGAGCGGGCAGCACAGGCCCUGGCCUCCCAAAACGGUCCCAGCAGGGACAGGGGCUGACAUGCCACCCACGCCUCACCUUUUGCCUCCCUCCUCCUCCCCCGGACACAGACAGCAGCAGUCCCGGCUGUGGUUUCCUUCCCAGUUUAUUCUGUACCCAACAUCGGGAUGAAACGAUUCCCAUAAAUAAGGGGCACGAGCUCUUCCUCACGA